AUGGCAGGCCCAACUGCUCUCUCCGCAAGGAGUGCCUACCGGCAACUCCUCCGUGCCACCCGAGUCGCCUUUCACAGUUUGUCUCUCUUCCGCCUUCUACCUGGAACCAUGCGACGCAUGCUCAUACCAUUCUAUUUAGAUGACCACCGAGUCCUGCUGGCCGCACGCCAGGAAGCUCGCCAGAAUUUCGACCAAAACCGCCGCGUUGGCAUUGAUACCGGCAUGCAAAUAAACCACGCGAUUGAGGUUGCCAAUAUCCUGCGCCAUAACCUCGUGCAGGGUGCGAGAGAGGCGGAAGAUGAGUCUGCGAAAUGGCGUAUGUUCUUAACUACUCUCCUAUAUGAAUUAGGAAUUCUUGUGCUGUUCCUGGGUUGGACCGGACUAAUCGAUAACUUCAUAUUAGAACUUCGGAUCCACGACGAAAUCGAGCGAGGAGACAACGAAUCGAUCAAGGUUGAUGGAAAAUCGGUCAAAAUCCACAAGGCGUGUUCGUCAUGA